CUUUCUCUCUCUACUUUCUCUCUCUACUCGGUGGGAGGUCUCUUACACCAGGCCGGGCCACCCCUUGCCUCCCAUUAUAUAUACAUAUAUCUUCCUGCAUAUAUAUCUUUGUUAUUUCCUCGCCCAAUCCCACCUCACCACCAUUGUUAUCCAGAGUUUCUCUCUGUGUCUCACCAUUGCAUCACUCAGCUUCCCCAUUACCUGCAAUUCCUCCCUUCCUUUCCCCUUGGCACCUGCUAAACCUUCUCUGUCUCUCUAGAUUUGAGACUCUCUCUCUCUCUCUCUCUCAGUGGGCACCAACCUCUCAUCCAAAGGAGCUCUCUCUCUCAGAGAGAGCAAUAUCUCUCUCUCAGAGAACCUCCCUCUCUCUCAAACACACACACACCAGACGCUUUCUCUCUAAGCAGCUUAGACUUUCUUUCUCUCUCUCUCUCUCUCUCUCUCUCUCUGUCAAAGAUCACUACAAGUUCUUUUUCUCUUAACGAUCCGCGUCUCUCUCUCUCUCUUUGAACCUGUCUCAUCCUCUCUUAUGAUCUAAGAGAGAGACACUUACACUCUCUCCCAUUGAAGCUUAGACUGUCUCCCUCCCUUGCUCUCUUUCUCUCUAUCUCUCUCUCUAUAUAUAGAACACUUCCAGUCUCUCUCUCUCUCUCUAGAACACCUCCAGUUUUACCCAGGGCAGAGUUCAUCAUGGACUUCAAGUGAAUAAGCCUACAACUCCAACACACCGGAAGAAACUAUAGAAAACGCCCCGAAGGCCACUUUGUUCACCAUCGCCUGAGUUUCAGUACCCAAAACCCUACAACAAGACCUAAACUAGUUACCAGAAAUCUCCAUUAGUACAGCACCCCAAAACCUACAAACCUAGAUUACCCUAAAAUUCCACCAAAUUCAUGCCACUGCGCAAGUCGUUAGCCCCCCCAAUCCUCACCCCUUGCUAUACAAGUGUAAACACCAUUACCCCAAAAACAUUAAAACCCUAGGAAUCCCAAGAUCCCACAAAAUUCAAGGAAAUAACACCUUCUGAUCCCCAAACCCUAGAUCGCCAAAGUUUCCAACAAAUUCAAUUCAUUAGACCAGGCUUUUAGCCCCCAAAACCCUCCCGAAGAAACCCAUAAAAAACCUGAAGUUCCCAUGGCUGCAGUUGCCGCCGCCGCCGCUGGGGCUCUUGCUGCCAACAGCACUGACCCAGUCCCGACCCGUCGUGUCCCCGACAACUCGAGCCCCCCAUCGCGCUAUGAGUCUCAAAAGCGUCGUGACUGGAACACCUUUGGACAAUACCUGAAGAACCACCGUCCCCCUCUCGCCCUCUCUCGAUGCAGUGGAGCCCAUGUCCUCGAAUUCCUUCGAUACUUGGACCAAUUUGGCAAGACAAAGGUUCAUAUCAAUGGGUGCCCUUUCUUUGGUCACCCUCACCCUCCAGCCCCUUGCCCUUGCCCUCUAAAACAAGCUUGGGGUAGCCUUGAUGCCCUAAUUGGGAGGCUUCGGGCUGCCUUUGAGGAGAAUGGGGGCCAGCCUGAGGCUAACCCUUUUGGUGCAAGGGCAGUUAGGCUUUAUUUGAGGGAGGUGAGAGAAAUGCAAGCUAAGGCAAGGGGAAUUGCUUAUGAGAAGAAAAAGAGGAAGAGGCCUAACAAUAAGAUUGUGAACCCAGUGCAAGUCGGCUCGUCGGUGCAAGUGGGUUCACUGCAAGUGGCCGAGCCCAUGCCGAUGGUGGGUUCAGUGCACCAUGGGCUGGGGCAUGGUGGCCUGAUAAGUGCUCAAUUGGCUGAUCACUUGUUGCAAGGAUCUUGAAGUGGAUGAGGUUGGAAAGAGGGUUAUAUGGAAUUGUAAGUUUAAGAACUAUGUAUGUGAUUUUGGGGUUUGAGGUGGUGGUGGUGGAUUUGGUGAGAGAGAGAGAGAGGUUUGGUGGUAUGGUGAUGGUAUGGGGUUAGUUGAUGAUAAUUUUGGUUGUUAAUUGUUAGAGAAAGGUUUGGUGGUAUGGUGAUGGUAUGGGGUAGUUGAUGAUAAUUUUGGUUGUUAAUGGUUAGGGAGGUCUGGGUGUAUUUAGUAGGGAAUAGGAAUGUGUAUGAUGAUAAUGUCAUGUAUUGAUCUCUGUGUCUGUGAUUUCUCUCUUUCCAUGUG